UGAACCAAUGUUUUGAUCCCAACCGCUGCUCUUCUUCCACAGUUUACUUUAAGUUUGCGUUUUGUCACAACUCGAGUAAGAAGACACUUAAAUCUGUCCUCACACGGUAACAAUGAAGCUAACGGACAUUAAAAAGCUCAAAGUAGCGGAGCUGCGGUCCAGACUGAAAGAACUGGGGUUGGACAGUAAGGGUCUGAAGGCUGAGCUGCUGGGCAGGCUGUGGUCCGCGUUAGAGGCUGAGCAAAACGGGAAAGACGGUGAUGAUGAAGAGGUGAAACUACAAAGUGACCGCUCACUGACACCUUCAAUAGCGACGGAGACAGUGGAGGUCUGUGCUCCACCCUCUUCACCUCCAACACGAGACGGUGUUACUGAGCAAUGUAAACCGGACUGUACCCGAGAGUACACAGACACCUCCACACAGACUGACCCCGGUCUGACAACACUACAACACAGCUCUGAGUUUGUUUCAACACUACAACAGGUUUCUGAGUGUGUUUCAGAGACUGUACCAGUGUACCAAGAGGAGGAGGGAGAGGGUAUAGUGCAGCAGGGAGGUGCACAGGAUCCUGGAGAGGACAGGAGGGCUGUGUCAUCAGAGGAGAUGGGCAAAGGAAGAGCUUUCUACGAGUUCAAAGAGGAGAUACGAUACAAGAGAGCCAAAUCACCAGAACCUCCAGUGGACAGAGUGGAGGCAGAAGAGGAAGAUGAAGAUAAAGUCAGACUCAAUCCAUAUGACAGUCACCUCCACUUUGAGGUGGGUCCUGAUGGUGCAUGUGGCCAGCCGCAGUUCUGGGCUCGGUUCCCCUUGCUGUGGUCAGGCUGCAGGCUCACCCACGGGGUGCUGCAGGGCAGGGUGGGCUUUGAAGUGAGGCUGGAGAGGACGUUGUUGACUACACAGCUGGAGGGACAAGACGAUCAUCAUGGUCUGAGAGUCGGCUGGUCUGUGGCCGACGCCUCUCUGCUGCUGGGUGAAGAUGAAUUUUCUUUUGCAUAUGAUGGACGCGGUAAAAAAGUCUCAGGUGGGAAGGAGGAAGAAUUUGGAGAACCGUUCUCAGAGGGGGAUAUCAUCGGCUGUUAUGCUUCUUUCUCCACAGACCGUGCUGUUCAGCUCUCUUUCUAUAAGAAUGGUCGUUUCAUGGGUGAAGCUUUUUCACUGAGCUCCUCCGGUUGUGCUUUGUUCCCUCACGUCCUCUGUAAGAGCUGCUCAGUCAGAAUCCUCCUGGACCCCACAGCUCACAAUUCUCCCUGGUACCCCGGCCCUCCAGGGUUUACACCACUGGCAGCUCUUCCUGCGGGGCAGAGGGUGCGCACAAUAUCGCCUCCUACCUCCAGAGCACAGUGUGAGGUGUUGUUGAUGGUUGGUCUUCCUGGUUCUGGGAAGAGUCACUGGGCCAGGACUCAGAUGAAGAAGCAUCCUGAGAAACAGUACAGGCUGUUGGGCACAGAGGAGCUGCUCGCAUGUAUGAUUAGUGGUGGACAGAGGGACAGCAGGGUGCAGCAGGCCUCUCAGUGUCUCACUGAUUUGAUUAAGAUUGCUGCUCAGAGUCCUGGCAACUAUAUCCUCGACCAGUGCAACAUCCUCUUCUCUGCACGGCGUUACAAGCUGAAGCUGUUCACAGGCUUCAGGCGCCAGGUGGUGGUGGUCUUCCCCUCAGCAGAUGUGUGGAAAAGACGACUGUCCCAGCACCAAACCAGUGACGGGGAGCAGAUCCCUGAGACUGCCCUACUCAAGCUCCAAGUGAGCUACACUCUUCCAGAGCAGCAGAGCGACGUGCUGGAGGAGCUGCAGUAUGUCGAACUGCCUCAGGAACAGGCACAGAUGCUCCUACAGGAGUUUAAAGAUGAGGCUCGCAGACUGCUGCCCCCUGUCCCCAAACAGGAGAAGAAGAAACCCAGACUACACAAGAAAAGACCCUACCCUUACGGCCCUCCACCCUCACAUAGGAUCCAGUGGAGUGGACAUAACGGAUGGAGCGACACAAGAUUCAACGUGCAGCCAUGGAAGCAGCAGCCAAAAUAUUGGAGUGUGCCUUAUCAGGAUCAGGGCUACUACUACAGAGACGUCAGUUACAGCGGAUACGAAGGUUACUGCUGAAGAAACAUGGAGGAAGAAGAAAGAGAUGCCGCUGCAGUGUUUGUUUACAAGGACAAUCAUUCUAAUGAUGUCUUAAAAAAGAUAAUUACAUCAGCAAGUGAUAUAAUAGACUAGAGACUAGGGCUGGACGAUUAAUCGAAUUUUAAUCAUGAUUUCAAUUUUGGCUUCUCAUGAUCAUAAAAACAUAAUCAAAGAAAAACGAUUAAUGCGCCGCACGGCGUGUAUGUAAGUUCCUGUGCUGGAAAAGCACUGUGAAUGUGCCUGUGUUAUGUGCAGCAGCAGCAAGCGUGUGACGUGUGUGGAUCAAUACUAUGUGGAGCGAGCGAUUGAGAACAUGGCAGAAAGGCAGCCUUUGGUUGAGGAGAAAGGACAACUUCAGUCAUCUGGAAACAUUUUGGCUUUAAGUUGACGGACGUUGAGGAAAAAGAAAUUGUUUGCAAUGUUUGUCACGCUGUGGUGUCUGCCCCCCAAGGCAACACCACCAACUUAUAAUAGUGUUUAUU